UCUUAUUGUUGGACAUAAGACUAGGUCAAAGUUCGGAAAUGAACUUAACACCACAUGUUCAUUUUUACCAAGGUGGAACUAAAUUGAGAAUAUGCAAAAAUAGUAGACGAAAUUCAAAAAUUGAUCGUUCGAGUGAAAAAUGUAGGAUUUUUUUUAAUGCAUCUCCUUAUAAGUGUUAGUGUAACAUCCCAAAAUAUAGUAAUAACCAUAAAUUAGAAUUAAUUACAUUGCAUAAUUAAACAGUGCAGUCUUACACUAACAACAACGCUCAAAAGCCGAACGGCAUUAAGUAUGUAGUUGAUUACAAUAAUUGAAAUAAGAAGAGAAGACAGGAUCGUACGGUGUACAAAAUUAUAAUACCGAACGACCACUGCAAAACACUAAAAUUCUAAACACAGCUGGACGGUCUAAGGCUCGGCCUUAACUUUGACGUCCACCAAGUUCUCCUCUUCAAUAACGUCUUCAAGCAACGCCUCGCCUUCUGCUCACAUCCACAUGGAUGAUCAUUGCAAUGACAGGACGGACGUACAAGGACAAGACAACACAAGGAAAGAACACAGGAUACUCAGGUGCUGGAUUUUGUUGAUCAAGUUCAAAAGUUAAGAUCUUGAUUUUCAGAAUAGCAACUAUUCAACUAUUGGGAUAGUGAGUUGUAUCAAAAUGAGGAGGCGUCAAGUUUUGAAACAUUCAAUUGCUCUUGUAAGCAUGUUGGUGUGUGUCUGCUGUUUUUUUAUCGUGACCAUGACUGUUCUCAGGCUUCCAGACGCCCCAACAAAGGAAAGUGCAAUGGGGUUUUACCCAAUAACGAGAUCCAGAAAAGUUUCCCUUCAAGAUGGCAACUUGGGCAAGUUUGGAGAAAUGAUGAUUGACAUGUUGCCUCAAGAUCUUGCUUUUACCGUGUUUGUUCCGUCCGAGGAAGCGUUUAAGCGAGAUCUGCGUCUGUCAGUGAACGAUUCUUUGAAAUCGGACAGGUUUAAUGAUACUUAUGCGAUUUUGACUCGUAUAUUGGGAUUUUCAACUGUCCCUCGUGCACUUCUUUCCUCUAAUGUGAAAUUGGGUGAGCUUGUGAACUAUGAUUCGUUAUCCGGGUUUCCCUUGUACAUUUCAAAAGACAUCGACGAAAUGCUUGUUGUUAACAGGGUUCGAUCAGAAAUAAUAGAUGUUAGAAAAGAAGAGAUCGUUGUGCAUCUUAUGGAUGGGAUUAUUAUGGAUGCUGAAUUUGAGCAAUCGGUUCUAUCUGACAAUGAUACAGAUGAGGAUUGAAUGUAUAUGGGAGAUGCUUAAUUAGUAAUUGUUAGAAAUAACAGUGUCCCUGGAACUCCAAGAAUCACAGCCUUGGCUGAACUUGUAUUACCAGCAUCAAUCAUAAGGAUCAAUACACUCUAAAAGGAUUAUUAGCAACGUGAAGGAUACAGAACUAUAGCACCAAGACCUUCUGGCUUUUCUUAGUGUCGUUCUUCAUUCAUAUAAACGGUCAGUGCCAUUCUUCCCUCAGAAUAAACAGUCAAUUCCAAUGUCGGUUUAGUUUAAAGCGAAUCAGUUCCUUUUGACUUCGAGAUGCAGAUUUGGAUUUCUUUAUUCUUCUUUUCAAAUACCAUGUUGAUCAAUGCGAUUCCUAUAGUAUUUUUUGAAGGAAAAUUUGUAAUAGUUAAUUAGAUGUUUGGAUUUAUGAUUUUAUAAAAAAGGUUGUACUUAGGUCUUUUUUUUUUUUUAAAUGAUAGGCUUUUAAGUUUAAAAGAUAUUUUAGAAAGUGAUGGAUCGGUUUGUCAGUAAAAUGCAUGGAUCAUCACCAUUUGCUAGUAUACAUAAGUUCCCCAUUUUCUUAUUUUUUUUUUUA